AGCCUCAGUUUCCCCUCCAGCAGAUCAAACACAACUGAAGCCACAGAGUUGAAUGCGAAAGGAGCUAGCUUUGUCUCAGAUUAAAUCAUCCUCUCGAUUGCAUUUGGGAGCUGAUACAUCUUACGAUGGCCGUGCCAUCCAAGUCGCCGAUGGCGAUACUCCUCCUGGCGCUAGUCGUGCCUUUCCUCGUCCAGGGCAGCAUGGCUCAGGUUUGUGGAAGCCAAGCAGGAGGAGCAUUGUGCUCGGGGAAUAACUGCUGCAGUCAAUUUGGGUAUUGUGGUGUGGGAGAUGCAUGGUGCGGUGCGGGCUGUCAGAGCGGUCCUUGCACAUCUGGAUCUAAUGGGAGGUGUGGCAGAGAUUUUGGAAACUCAGUGUGCCCAGGAGGCGCUUGCUGCAGUCAGUACGGGUAUUGUGGGAGUACAUCUGAAUACUGCGGAACGGGCUGCCAAAGUCAGUGCUCAUCAACUCCAUCAACUCCAUCGCCUCCUUCUUCAGGUUCAUGCGGGAGCGGCCUUGCAGGAGUUGUAUCCGAACAGCAAUACAAUGGCCUAUUUCCUAAUAGGAAUGGUAUCUACUCAUACGGGAAUAUGCUCACUGCUGCUGAGUCCUUUCCCAGUUUCGCAACCACUGGAGACUGCAAUACGCGCAAGAAGGAAGUCGCAGCAUUCUUUGCUCACAUCUCUCACGAAACUUCUGGCUUGUUCUACGUCGAGGAGAUCAACAAAGCUGACUACUGCCAACCCAGCGCUACCUAUCCUUGCGCUGCUGGAAAGCAAUACUUCGGCCGUGGUCCCCUGCAGCUGUCCUGGAACUACAACUACAAGCAAUGCGGUGACUCAUCUGCUGUCAGCCUAGAUCUUGUCAACAACCCAGACCAGGUUGCACAGAGCGGUGUCACUGCAUUCAAGGCUGCGUUUUGGUUUUGGAUGACUCCUCAGAGCCCCAAGCCUGCUUGCCAUGCAGUCAUGACCGGCGGCUGGACCCCUUCCUCAUCCGAUUCAGCCGCAGGCAGGACUGCAACUUUCGGAAUGACCACAGUCAUCAUCAAUGGUGGACUGGAAUGUGGCUCAGGAGCCAGCAAUCCAGGAGGUAACACCAGCCGGAUGAACCUGUUCACCAGCAUGUGCUCCGCCUUCGGAGUCAGCCCUGGCAGCGGCACGUCCUGUGCCAGCAUGACGCCUUACUAGAGCUCGAGGCUUUUGGCCUCACACAUUGUAGCGAGGUUAAUUAGAUUGCCAGAAGCAAGACAACAGGCUUCAGCCUGCUUGCUCAUGAGUCCGAAUCAUGUAUUAUUUGGACAUCACUGAAUAAGACCAAAUCUGCUAACUCGCUCAUCAUUGAAUGUCUUCACAAUGUCACACAAUAGCGCAAUAAAAGAAUGUUCAAGCCG